ACCGCUUGCGCCGCUGCAGCUCUAGUUCAGGCGUCCUCCUCCUUGUUUUGUCAAGCCAAGGAGGUUUUGCAAGCUGCAAAACGGUCGACAGCUCUGCAGUGAAAGGAAGAGCUCCGCAACCUGACCACGUGCCUGACCGCUGCCAGCCUGGUAAAGGAGAGCAGGUCAGCGCGGCAACGUUCCAGCGAUAUCCAGCGACCAAGAAAACGCGACGCUCUUACACCCUCUCAACUGCGGCGCUUGGACGACGGCGCUGCCUGAAGGCGGUGCUGGUGCCUAAGGAGGCCCCUGCAGAAGGAAGGCAACCAGCUCAUUGCAGUCUCGCAGCCUUAGCCGACGAGCAGUCCGGCGGCCCGCCAGUCAGUCUGCAGUCAGUCCCGGGUUCGGUAGCCGUCAGUGAGGAAUGGAGGUUUGGCUGUUCAUCAUCGGGUACCUCAUCAACUUCGCGGCGAGCUGCCUGCUGCUGUACAAGAUAUGGCGUCACAAGUCCAUCUACGGCCUCAGCGGCGACACCCAGUACUGCUUCCUCUUCGCCACACUCGCACGGUGCUUCUGGUCUUUCGACACACGACUUGUAGAGGUACGUAGGGAUGCAUGCAGGCAGCCAGGCAGCCGUCUGUGGGCAAUCCAGAGACCACUUUUGCCUGCCAUCUGUGUGGCUUGUGUUUGUUGUCUUGUCUUGGCUUGUUCAGACAUGGCUGGCUCACUUUGAGCUGCUGUGCUCGACGGUUGUAGCGUGUCUGCUGUCGUAUUCGGUGUGGCGGUACUGGCACACGACCACCAAGCAGGCCCCCCCCUACCUUAGGCUGCUCUUCGCCGUGCCCCUUGCGGCUCUGCUGGCGUUUUUCUUCCACCCCGGUCGGCAGUGGUUCACGAUCCAGAGCCUCGUGGCGUUUACCAUGUACGUCGAGGCGGUGGCGCUGCUGCCUCAACUCUUCCUCAUGAGGAACAUGAUCGAGGUCAGCGAGAGGGAGGGGGUGAAUGGACCACGAGUGGGGGAGGCUGGAUGGCCAGAUUGUGUGUUGUGUGUUGUGUGUGUGUCGUGUGUUAUGGGUGGCUGCAGAUAGAGCCGUUAACGUCCCAUUAUGUGGGUCUGCUGGUGAUAUCGAGGGCCGUCAGGAUCGCAUUCUGGAUACAACUAUACAUACAGGGUGGGAAAUAACGCCACACGCGAGAGCGGGACACACGGAAAACAGACAGAGCAUGGUGUGUUUGUCUGUUGGUUGAUUGGUGCUGUGACCAGGUGAGCACUUCGUCAGCCUCAUCCUUGCAGACGUCCUCCACUCACUAUUCUCAGGUGCGUCACACGUCCGUCUGCGGGAGUGCACGCGGGAGUGCACUCCCGCAGGACCAACCGGCAGGCACACACACAGCACAAGGUGCUUCCUGCUCUUUUGUUCAGCUGACUACUUCAUCAUGUGGAUCCGCAAACUGCGGAACGGCGGGGCGCUCGUCUACCGACUCUAACACACCCCAGCCAAAGACUAAUCCCCUCCGCCCCCCAAGCCCACUUUGCUUUUGUUGGGCUCACAGAUGACACAGACAAGGCAAGAGAAGAGGAGAGAAGAAGCGACGCUGAUUGAUUGAUUGAUUGACCGACUGGCUGCCUGAUGACGACACUCACUUGGCGUGCCCUUUUUCUGUGUGCCACCAUUUGUGUAUGGCCCUCUCUCUCUCUCUUUUCUACCUGGCUGACUGCUGCUGGCUACUGCCAUUCUGGCCCGCUCGCAUGUACAUAUGUCUAUGUUGUACCUAUGUACGUAUGUAUGUACCACGAUCGUACGGCCGGCCGACUGACUGGAUGUGUGGAUUGAUGGAUGGAUUCAUGGAUGCCCUGUGAAGAGAAUGCCUCUGCCUGGCUGUCUGUCUGCAUGUGUGGGUGCAACGAAUGGACGGUGGGAUGGAUGGUGGCUGUGUGUGGUGUGGUGGGGUGGGGUGGGGUGGGGUGUGAAUUCGAGCUGAGAUGCAGCCAGCUUGCUGGCGUGUGCGCGUGGCUGAUGCAGAUGCGUGAACAAGAGACGGCCCGAUGAAGCACUUACUGUUGUUCAUGGUGUCUUGCCGGGCGCACUCUGCCACGAACCUGACAGCCAGGAGCCAGUGAGCAAAUGAGUGAGGGAUGGAGCCAGACACCAGCAACACACUCGCACACUCUCGUGCGCACAACUGACCGGCAGACAGAGGGGACACCAGGCGGGCAGGCAGCCUUUUUCCGUCCGUAUGUAAAGGCAGGCGAUCGCAUCUUGUGUGUGUGUGUGUGUGUGUGUGUGGAUAAUCUGCUGUCGUGUGGUGUGGUGUAUAGCGACCUGGACUGACUGACAUGGGUGUGCAUAACUGGUGACCGGCUGGCCGCCCGGGUGGCCAAGUGGCUGGCUGGUUCGCCAGGCAACGAAACGUUGCGGAUUGUGCAGACCAGAGAAACUCUUGUACAGUCGGUCACGCUGGCAAGGGAAGGCAGGCCCUCCAGGUCUGAAACCACCCAAAGCGCCUACUUGCUUUACAUGUUUAUACACCUGCAUGUGCUGUGUGUGGUACUGAUGGAUGGAUGGUGUGUUGUCAACUUGUGUGAUGGGAAGGGGCUAUGCGGACGUCGGGAUAUUUGUGUGAAUGUGAAUUGCAUGUGUUGCCUGUGGGAGGGGAGGGAGAGCCAUCGAUUGAC